CUCCCGCACCCACCGAAUCCUCCCCUCUCCCGUCAGUCCUCACGGUCCUUCACUAACUUCUCCCUCCCUCUCUCUCUCUCUCUCUCUCUCUCUGCUGCUUCUUCCUCAGUUCUUCUGCAGCAGAAGAACAAGUUAGAGAGAGACGCCCCCAAUCCAAUCCAUGGCUUCCCAUUUUACCCUCACAAUCCUCAUUUAUUCCCUCUUCCUCCUAUCCUCUUCUUCUCCUUCUCCUGUUCUCGGCUUCAAUAUCACUUCCUUGCUCUCCAAUUUCCCAGAUCUCUCUCAAUUCACCUCUCUUAUCUCCUCAACCUCCUCCGUCGCCGCAGAUCUCAGCCGCCUAUCCUCUCUUACCAUCCUUGCUGUCCCCAACGAUCUCCUCUCAUCUUCCUCCGACCUCACGCGCCAUCGCAUCUCCCCCACUUCGUUAGCUGAUGUCCUCCGUUAUCACGUUCUUCUCGAGUUCUUCUCGUGGUCUGACCUGCGUUCUUUCCCUGCCUCUGGUAAGCUCGUCACUACUCUCUUUCAGACCACUGGCCGUGCUACUGACAACUUCGGCUCUGUUAACAUCACUCGCGACCCCAUUAACGGCGUCGUUUCGGUUCACUCUCCCGCGCCUUACUCUUCUUCCUCUGGUUCCAUCUCCAAUGCCACUGUGCUUUCCCUCAUCAAGACCCUUCCUUAUAAUGUCAGCAUUUUCGCUGUUAAUUCCGUUCUUAUCCCUUUCGGAUUUGAUCUUAUGGCCUCCGAAACUCGACCCCCUCCGGGGUUAAACAUCACUAAGGCGCUCAUCGAUGGUCACAACUUCAAUGUCGCUGCAUCUAUGCUGUCGGCUUCGGGUGUUGUUCAAGAGUUCGAGGCAGAUGAAGGUGGUGCUGGGAUCACCAUGUUCGUUCCUGUUGAUGAAGCAUUUGCUUCACUGCCUCCUUCCGUGAGCUUACAGUCUUUGCCAGCUGAUAAAAAAGCUGUGGUGUUGAAGUUUCAUGUGCUUCAUUCGUAUUAUCCUCUGGGUUCCUUAGAGUCGAUUGUCAAUCCAGUGCAGCCCACGUUGGCUACAGAAGCCAUGGGAGCGAGCAGCUUUACGCUUAACAUCUCGAGGGUCAAUGGCUCUGUGGCGAUCAAUACCGGGAUCGUUCAAGCGUCAGUAACUCAGACUGUGUUUGAUCAAAAUCCAGUGGCAAUUUUUGGGGUAUCCAAGGUGCUGUUGCCUGGAGAGGUAUUUGGGAAGAAUCCAAUUGUGACAACAAUACCUGGAGGUCCACUUCAGGGGGGUGCUCCUCCGCCGGAUUCAUCAAUGUCGCCAGAGAGUUCACCGAGCUUAAAUGGCCAACCUUCUCACCUUUCCUCUCCACCAGGUUUCCGCGAAGAAAUACGGUCGGCAGCUGUUUUAUGUGGUUAUCAGUCUUUACUCAUUGUUCUUUGCUGUAUAGGAUUGUACUUAGUGGUACAAGAUUGAUUGUUUGUCAUCGUAAUUAUAAUCAUAAUUAUUGUUUUUUGUGGGAUUUUAUUUUGACUUUUUACACUUAUGCUGCCUGAUUAAUUGAAUUUGGUUGCAAAAGCAACCUUUUUUUAUUUUUGGGUGUUAUUCCUCACCUUUAUUAGGAAAGCCCACAAAAACUUCAAUGUUAAUCGCGCCCUUGUUAUAUUUUUUGGGUGUUUCUCUUGUAAGUUGUAAUACCCUUAUUUUUACAUAAAAUACGCUUCACCCUGUAUGUGAAUGUAAAACAUGCCUCUUCGUAUCUUGAUAAUUCCCAGAGGUCAGGUUGACUGCAGUGAUCAAGGUAAAUUUACCCAUUCCUGCAUAAAUCUUUCGGUGAAUUGAUACUGGGCUGUGGCAUCCAUGUGGCUGCAUUUUUUACUAUUCUUCAAAGGCUGCUUCAACGCAGAUGUUUAUGUAAUGUCUAAUAUUCGUAAAAGAUAGGGGAUAGGUUGGAUUCAUUGUAACACCUGCCAGGUACAGUGCAAGUGAUCUGAUGCUGGUGCCAGACAGACCCUAUGAAGUAACUUUUGGCAUUUGACUUCUGUGGAAAUUUCUCAUUGUUCCAUUGAUCUCGAUGCUGGAGUUUGCGCAGCUUGCCUAUUCCUGUCUUGUGUGGCCAUCAUGUAGUCUCCUUCUCAGAUGCACUUGUGUUGAUUUCAUAAUGAAUAUCAAUUUUGUAUUAACCUAUACUAUUCAGUUUGGAAUGCGAGGGUGUUGUUAUGUUA